AUGGCAGGUCCUUUACAGGUUGGAGAUAUCCUCAACCUUGGGCGCCUAGCCUGGGAUAUAUACCGCUAUGGCUGGAAAGAAGAUUACAAUGCGACGCGUCAAUACUCAGAGUUUGGAAGAGAUGUCAGAGGCUUGGCCGAAAACCUCGAUAUUCUUAGCAGAGUGAUUACAUGGGCAGAUGACUCCCUUCAAAGCCAACGGAGACCAGGAGUGCCAGCAAAGUUACGAUGGGACCGAACUUCACUCAUCGAGAUUAUUGGAGAUUUCGAGAUCACUCUACAAGAAUGUCAUCAACUUCUCGUAUCCAACGAUCGUUACGGGAAGGGGAGCAAGCCUCUACGCAACAUAGAAUGGAACGUACUCGUUCAGCCUUUGGCCGAUCAACUGCGCCAAAGAAUCAUGCUGCACAACUCCAAAAUUCUCCAUGUUUUGAAACCUUUAGAGGUUGACCUUCUUCUUCGCGUGCGACAAGACAUCGAGCUUAUGCAUAAAGACCUCGCAGAACGGAUCACCAAUGUGCACCAUGAUAUUCGCCGUCUUAUGGGAGUUCUAAUUCCCGACCUCGACGAAGCACUUGACCAACGGGUUCAGAGAAGCGUCGUUCUCUUGGAAGUUCCUGUUGAUUUGGAUGAUCAAUUUCGCUUUGCAGCGCUUACUAGCCAUCCAAAAUAUCGUGUUGAGGAUGAUUUUGAACUGAGUGAACUGUCGGAUGCGUUCAUACUAAACUUUCAUAAGAGCACAAUCAAUUUCCAAUCAGGAAUGUUGGUCGAGGAUCGUGUUCCAGCUGUCGAUCAAUAUCUCAACCUCCUAAAAUGUGUAUGGAUUUUCAAGAGAAUGCAAGCAUCUCCAACCCUAAGAACAGCGAACAAAGACACGUCGCAUUGGCCUUCGUACACUCGACAACUAGAAGAUGAUCUUUCUUCACAGUGUUCGCGUUUUGGCACGGAGCUAGUUACGCCCAGAAUCAUCACUUCGACGCUCAAGAGAGAUAUGUUUACGAUCUGGCCCGAGAGAGAUCCUACCCCUCUUGUCGAUGUGGUAACCAGGGAUGAGAUGAUGGAGCAGCUCCUUGAGGUGCCUUUACGGAGCUAUAGCGCAGGUGUUGAAAAGAAAGCCAAGCUGCUUCGUAGGCUAGAUACUGAUGGAAGACGCUUCAGAGUCAUCAUGUCAGGCUCAGAACAAGUGGCGACUGGCAGGCCAAGACAAGAAGCUGAAACCAUCGAUUUCGAUGUCACAUCCAUGGUGUUCAACCCCCAAUACGCCAUGCCCGUUGGUACUCACAUGACACAAGAAAUUAUCAUGCGACAAAACGAGAGAAUAGCAAGACUGGACUUCCUUGAUGGGGGUGACAUACUGAAGUUUCAGCAAGCAGUGACAGGUUUUAAGCCGUGGGAUUCUUACACACAAUACGACUGUCAAGUCAUCUUUGUCCUUGAUGGAGUCGACAAUAUUAUGGAGAACGCCUCACUCCAACUCUGGAUACCUAAACAAACCGCAGGUUCGCUUAUCACAAAUAGCGACGCUGCUGCCAAUACGACAGACAGCUCAGUGGCUAGCCGACAAAAUUCCAUAUCAACACUUGCUUCAGCUACCACUCGGGACUCGUCCCUCAGAGUGGGUGAAGGCUUUCCACUGUCAAGCCCAAUGCUCCAACCUAGUACGUCACUCAAUUCAGCUGCUAUUCGAGGCUCGCCCCCUGGAGUGAGCGGUGGGAGCAACAGGGACAGGUAUCCAACUAGCCCUUCGGGGCGUUAUCCCAAUCUUGCGACAAUCCCACAAAGACAGCCUGUGGGCUUUGAUCCCUUUGAGUCUUGGCCAACAAGAAGCUCCCCGGAACCUAUCGGGUCGCCACCUGCACAAAGACAGAACUUCUUUCCAACGCAAGGACCACCGCGCGAGUCGCCCCCUCGAAAACCUGUUGGGUCAUCUGCGUCGCCCUCUCGAUCAGCGCCUCUUGCUUCCGUUCGGUCUAACAGUACAACUGCAAAUACUUUUAGGAAAGGGCGCUCUUUCAGUAUUUUUAGCAGCACGUCAAACAACAGCAAUUCCUCCAACAGCGACGUUGCUAGUGUAAGUGUUUCAACUGGAACCAACUCCACGGGUCUCCUACACAAGCGUCCAGUAAAGCCAAUGCUUGUCCUUUUCACACAAAGUCUUCAAGGCGACAAGUUCUCAUUCGUAACGAUCCAGAUCGAUGACGAAACGAGUAUGAAUCCUGAACGCUGUGACUGCCGUAAAUCGGGAAGAGAUGGUGCAUCUUGUGAAAUCGCGGCCAUUGAGAAGAAGAAAGGACACUCUACCGUUUCAGCCCGAAGAUAUGAACAGUCAAAUUCGGAUGGCGAGGUGGACUGGAAUCUAGCCCGGUUGGCACUCAACAAUCCAGCUUCGACGAGCAGCAGUGCCAACUGGCCAAACCUCAAACGACUCAGCAUUAAAUUCCCGAACCCUCGGGCUAGGGCCUACUUUUGUGGCACGCCAAAUGUCUGUCACUGCAAGGUCAAGACGGAAGCCGAUGCACGCGAAUGCAUACGAAACGGACAUCGUGGUCUAUGGGGCGAAGUGCAACAGAGCUACAGGAAGCAGAUGAACAACUUCCACAAGCAGCGUUAUGAGGGUAGAUCACAAGUUGUUUAUGGGGUGACGAAUUGA